AUGACGACCACCGACUGCGCAGCUGUGCACUUGUUUCUGGCACGCGGCAACACCGAGCCCUACCCGGGGCGCCAGUCGGUUUUGGUGGCGGAGGUCUGUGACAGGGUAGCCGACUGUGAUUACGAGGACAUCGUUUUCAAGGAUGGUGCCGAUGAUGUGUACAGCGAGUCUAUCUACGAGGGUGCCACCAACGGUUACAACCAGGUCAACGCCUACAACGCUCGUUGCCCCGACGCCAAACUGGUCAUCAGCGGUUACAGCCAGGGUGGUCACGUUGUGAGCGACAUCCUUGCUGGUGGAGGUGGCAGCUUCUUCGGAUCCACAGAGCCUGGCGAGACACCCGCAGUCAGUGCAUCCAGUGCCGCAGGAAAGGCCAUUAAGGCUGUUACCACCUUCGGCAACGUCCGCCACACUCCCGACCAGCCGUACAACUACGGAACCGGCUCCGCAAACACCAGCAGCAACCCCCGAGAUGAGGCGCAGCAGGCUAUUCUCCUCACCUACGCAAACGUCUGGAGGGACUACUGCCAGAUCGGCGACCCUGUCUGCGCCCACGGUGACGUCCGAACGGACCACACCAACUACUUCGACCUCUUCACCUACGGAGCUGCCGAGUGGAUCGUGUCCAAGCUCAGC